AUGUCCAAUUCUAACUUUAAUUAUGGACCAAGCGAGCAAGAUCCACUUUUGCCCACACUACUGAUACCAAUAACUAAACCGGAUAGUUCAUACGAGAGAGCUAGUGUUAGCGUACCAAAAUCCCCAUCAACAUCAGCACUCUUCAACAAAUAUUCACCAAAUCACAGCUCGAACAUAAGACAUGGUUCUCAGUCAGCAUUCAAUGAACCAGGGGAUGAUAAAAUAGGGAGAAGCGCAGGAUUGACGGAUACCUAUCGACAAGGAUCUGUUAGUCAUCAGGUACCACCAUUAUUCCAUCGCUUAUUAAGUGGGCAUUAUACGGUGACCAACCCAAAUAUGGGAUUGGAGUAUUCUAAUAUGAACUCAAGCAAUUUGAAUCUUAAUUCUAGUGGGAUUUUAGAGAGUAGUGCCAGUAUUUACUCGGUGCCUGAUCUUGAGGAGCAGCAAAGAAGGUUAAAUGUAUUGACAGGAAUGAGGCCUCUCAAGCUAAUUGGUAACUACAAAACCUUAACCAAUUGGAUGGAUAGCUGGAAGCCGGACGUUUCGAAAAUUAGAAAUAGAAAGGUCAGAAAGUACUACGAAGAUCAAAAUUAUUUAAUAGAAAGGUUUCAAGAAAUCGAUAAUCUAUUAGAUUAUGGUAGGAUUCAUAUUAAUAUGCUCUCUAAUUACAGUCAUUCAGAAGUUCGUCAAAAUAACAAAGACAACACUGAUGAGGUUGAAGAUAAUCAAGUUGGGAUCAAGAUGAACACUAAUACAACAAGCUAUAAUUCUAUGAUUUCUCACCGGUCGAGAUUUAACGAAGUUCCUGGGAAUGUUGAAUUAGAAGGGGCUCACUUCUUAGGAUACAAUCAAGAAGAAAUGUCACAAAAUGUAUUAGUUGCAAUUAUUGUUAACUUUUUCGUUAAUUUUAUCCUUUUGGUUGGUAAAAUUGUUGUUUGCGCAUUGACAAAUUCUAUUUCUGUUGUUGCAUCGUUGGUUGAUUCUAUUUUAGACUUUCUCUCGACCUUUAUCAUUUUUAUUGCUAAUAAGUUAUCAACUACCAAAACAUGGAGAACUCAACAUGCAUAUCCUGUUGGCAGAUCGGGUCUAGAACCAUUGGGUGUCUUAAUUUUUUCGGUCAUUAUCAUUAUUUCAUUUUUUCAAGUGGGACAGGAAUCGUUUAAAAGGUUAUUUAUGAGCUUACCAGAGGAUAGAAAUACAGCACAAAUUGGCCAAGGAGCAAUUCUUAUUAUGUCUUUUACCAUCUUGUGUAAAAUUGGUUGUUGGGUUUGGUGCUCUAAAAGUAAGUCAAGUUCAGUUCAAGCUCUUGCACAAGAUGCCAUGACUGAUAUAGUGUUCAAUUUUGUUUCUUUAAUUAUGCCAGCGGCUGGUCAUUAUUUGGAUGUAUGGUGGCUUGAUCCAUUGGGUGCAUUUUUAUUAUCAGUCUACAUCAUAGUAUCGUGGAGUAAGACGGCCUUCGAGCAUAUUGAGAAUCUAACUGGUGCAGUAGCUAGUCCCUUGGAUUAUAAAGUCAUAUUAUAUUUAUCCUAUAGAUUCGCUGAAUCAAUUAAGCAAAUCACGUCGUUAAAAGUUUAUCAUGUUGGCGACAACUUGAAUGUCGAAAUAGAUCUAGUUUUCGACAACGAAGAAUUUAAUUUAUCGCUUAAAGACGUUCAUGACAUUGCUGAAGCAUUGCAAUAUGCAAUUGAAACGUUACCAAUGGUAGAAAGGGCAUUCGUACAUAUAGAUUAUAUGGAAGGAAAUUUUAGAGGUCAUUUGAAAUAA